UAAUACAAUGAGAGCCUGGGUAUACGUAACCAGGGUCACUGAGGUUGACAGACCUCAAACUAAUGAAGAGAGUCAAUAGUUACAGAGAUAACAGGUUAUGGUGCGCUCAGUAUUCGACAUGCAUCAAUUUCAUCUUCCCAGAACAGCAAUGGGCAAGGGUCUUAUAUAGGGGUGCCUGUCAGAUCUCUGCCAAUCGGAGGCCUUGAAUCAAUUUCGGCGCCGGUAUCUUCAUUUUUUCAAAUCAACACCCGAUACGUCGGCGCUGGGGGAUUCAUGUAUUACGAGACCAUGGCGGUCUUGCCUUACUUUUAUAUCUUGAGGUUCCUUUGCUCUUCAUUUCAGCUGUUGUCUUUCCGUACACUGGACUCAAUUCUUCAUCCUCAAUAUGACCUCCAAAGACGGGACAGGGGAAAUCAUGCGGCAGAUAGACCAGAGCAAAGGCGCGAUGGGCGGCAUGAAGGACAAAGCCAGCAAUCCUGCAAGUCCAUCGGGGCUCAAGUUUGCGUUGGUAAUGCUGUCCGCGUUUUUGGCAAUGUUCCUAGUGUCUCUAGAUAAACUCAUCAUCUCGACCGCCAUCCCUCAGAUCACCGACACGUUCAACUCGAAGGAUGAUAUUGGCUGGUACGGUACGGCGUAUCUGCUAACCAACUGUUCGUUCCAGCUAGUGUUCGGAAAGCUGUAUAAGUUUCUCCCUGUCAAGACUACUUUCUUGGCGUCGUUGCUACUCUUCGAAGUUGGCUCUGCCCUCUGUGGUGCAGCUCCAAAUUCCAUUGCAUUCAUAUUUGGUAGAGUCAUCGCAGGUCUGGGAGCUGGAGGCGUUCUUCCUGGUGUUAUGGUCAUCAUUGUUUAUACUGUCCCGUUGCAAAAGCGGCCUAAAUAUCAGGGUGUAUUUGGUGCCGUGUUCGGUGUCGCUUCACUUCUUGGGCCUACUGUUGGAGGCGCCUUCACCACGAACGUCACAUGGAGAUGGUGCUUUUAUAUCAACCUCCCCAUCGGAGGUGCGGUCAUGGUUCUAGUAUUUCUUCUGCUCCACGUACCCGAUCAACCAGGGACCAAGAUCUCUCCAAAAGAGAAGCUGUACCAGGCCAAUUUGCUAGGGUUCAUUUGCCUAGUUCCAGGAAUUAUCUGUCUCUGUCUUGUGUUACAAUGGGGUGGUACCACGUACUCGUGGAACAAUGGUCGGAUUAUCGCCUUAUUUGUCGUCUCUUUCCUACUUCUGAUCGCCUUUAUUUUGGUCCAAAUAUUGUUACCCGAGCAAGCCAUUCUACCACCGCGCCUCUUUCUUCAACGUAGCAUCGCAUCGGGCGUUUGGGCAAGCAUGUGUAUCGGUGCACAUCAGACAAUCAUUCUGUACUAUCUUCCCAUCUGGUUCCAGGCCAUUCAGGGCCAAUCGGCCGUCAAAAGCGGCAUAGACCUUCUUCCCAUGGUGUUGCUCACUGCCGCGACAUCAAUUCUAAACGGUCAAUUGGUCUCAUAUAUCGGCUACUACACACCGUCUUUGAUAUUCGGGGUCUGCUUCUCUGCAAUUGGGGCCGGCUUGUUCACUACCCUCGGGGUCUAUGCCUCGGAGGGGGAAUGGAUCGGUUACCAGAUCUUAUAUGGUGUUGGUCUAGGUCUAGCCUCUCAGGCCCCGAACAUGGCUGCUCAGACCGUGCUACCGAAACAAGACGUGGCCAUUGGUGCAUCGCUGAUGUUUUUCGGGCAGACCUUAUUUGGCGCAGUUUUCGUCUCCGUCGGACAGAAUGUGCUCAACGCUCAGCUGACCAACCGCCUCUCCGACAUUCCGGGCAUCAGCUCCGAGCUUAUUCAAAGCGUGGGGGCUACUGACUUCCUCGAUAGCAUCAGCACGCAGUACCGCGCAGCAGCGCUACAAAGUUAUAAUGAUUCGCUACGCGUGGUAUUCGUAGUUGCUCUCUGCAUGGCCUGUCUCGCGAUCCUGGGCGCUGUUACUAUGGAGUGGCUCACAGUCAAGAGGAAGGUCCCACCCAAGAACCUUACCGGUGACCAUGCCGCCGAGAGAGGCCACGGCCCGGGUAGUACCAGCGAGAAGGGAGCAUCAGGGGCUAGCAAAUUGGUUGUCAAUGCAGCUGGAAAUGAGGCAUAUAAGGAAAAGGACGCCUCUGCAACGAAUCCUAUGACGAACGAGAGAAAAACUGCUCUUCCGUAAGGCUUUAUGUUUCUAACUACCUACAAUGUAGGUAGGUUCCCUGUAUAAGUGCACAUAUCCCUUACUGCGUACUCUCCUUAGACAUUAUACCCUUAGUUUCUUUC